UCUUGUUGUGAUAUCUGGGUGCAGUUCUUCAUGAGGCAGCAGGAUGUCGAGCUGAUGUCAGAGCGCAUCGAUAAGUUCCCAGCGUGUUGUUGCUUCGUCAUUCUGUUUGAAUGAAGUUCAGACCGAGAACUAGCCAACUCUUCAUUCGCGCCCCGGUGGACUGAAUCAGGAAAAAACAAAGAGUUGAGGGAUCAAAGGGUUGCCAAAUAUGCCGGUGUUUACAGUAAAUGUGAAAUGGGGCAAAGAGAAGUUUGAUGCAGUCGAGCUGAACACUGAGGAGCCACCCAUGGUGUUCAAGGCUCAACUCUUCGCCCUGACAGGAGUUCAGCCUGACAGACAGAAGGUCAUGGUGAAGGGAGGCACUCUGAAGGAUGAUGAGUGGGGCAACAUCAAACUGAAAAAUGGAAUGACUCUGCUGAUGGUGGGCUCAGCUGAUGCCCUGCCUGAGGAACCUGCCGUCCGGCCAAUGUUUGUAGAGGACAUGACUGAGGAGCAGCUGGCCUCAGCGAUGGAGCUGCCAUGUGGGCUGACAAACUUGGGCAACACCUGUUACAUGAACGCCACAGUGCAGUGUCUGCGCUCUGUGCCUGAGCUCAAAACUGCACUCAGAAAGUAUUCAGGUGCUCUGAGAUCAUCCGGGGCAAAUGCACCAUCACAGUACAUCACAGCAGCCCUUCGUGACUUGUAUGAGACCAUGGAGAAGACCUCAUCCAGCCUCCCGCCCAUCAUUCUGCUGCAGUUCCUCCACAUGGCCUUUCCACAGUUUGCAGAGAAAGGAGACCAGGGACAGUACCUCCAGCAGGAUGCCAAUGAGUGCUGGCUGCAGAUGAUGAGAGUACUCCAGCAGAAGUUGGAGCCUGUCGAGCCAGAGACUUCCAUGGAGACCGACUCAGAGAGUGGAGCAGCCUCUGCCUCUUCAAAGAAGAACUUCAUCGACCAGUAUUUUGGGGUAGAAUUUGAAACCUCCAUGAAAUGUACAGAGUCUGAGGAGGAAGAGCCAAUUAAGGGCAAGGAGAGUCAACUCCAGCUCAGUUGCUUCAUCAACCAAGAAGUCAAAUACCUUGCAACAGGACUGAGGCUGAGACUGCAGGAAGAAAUCACAAAAAUGUCAACAACUUUGGAAAGAAAUGCCCUGUAUAUAAAAUCUUCAAAACUCAGCCGUCUGCCUGCCUACUUAACCGUUCAAAUGGUUCGAUUUUUCUACAAAGAGAAGGAGUCUGUCAACGCAAAAGUCCUCAAGGAUGUCAAGUUCCCACUCAUGCUGGAUGUCUAUGAGCUGUGCACCACAGAGAUCCAGGAGAAAAUGCUGGCAAUCAGGUCAAAGUUCAAGGAGGUUGAGGACAAGAAGCUAGAGAAGCAGCAGCAAAAGGUGGUGAAGAAGCCGGACGCAGCAAAAGAAGUGAAAUAUGAGCCUUUCUCAUUCUCUGACGACUUUGGUUCCAACAACAGCGGCUACUACGACCUGCAGGCUGUGCUGACACACCAAGGCCGCUCCAGCUCAUCAGGUCACUACGUUGGAUGGGUGAAGAGGAAAGAAGAUGAGUGGGUCAAGUUUGAUGAUGACAAGGUGAGUGUGGUGUCUCCAGAGGAUAUCCUGCGACUGUCCGGAGGCGGAGACUGGCAUAUAGCGUACGUUCUACUGUACGGACCCCGGAGACUGGAAAUACUUGAAGAGGAGGAUCAGUAGCUGUGGAAGAAUUUCCUAGAAGACAAAAACAUCAAACACGUACAAAUUGCCAUUUCCAAGCACUGUCUGUAUAGAUGUGCAAUAAAACUGGUGUCUUUAAAGAUUUGAUGACCUUAAUUUUUUUUUGUUUUCUUUUUGUAACCAACACGGAUGCUUGUAAAACAAAUUCUGUCAAAUGGUGUUAAAUAUUCUACCACAGUGGGCUUUAAAAAUGGAGAUAUGACGGGAGGCAAUCUCUGGACUGGAUCCUCGAGAGAGGUUUUUAAGUCUAGCUCUGCAGUUUCAUUAAAUGUUUUAUACACAUUGUAUAUUUUUUAAAGCCUUUGAUAAGGUGCUCAUAUCAUUAAAGCAAAAUAUUUCUCUUUAGUCAUUUAACCAACUUGUAUAAAAAAUGCCUAGCCAAGCUGUUGUCCUUGACAUUCUGGCUUGUGUCCUCUCAGAUGUAUAACGGAGAUUCUCACUCUACACUGUAAAGACUCGCCCUUAUUCACCUGUUGGCCCUUUGGGAGGUUUGGGUUCAAUCUCAGGUCUUUUCUUAAGUGCUUAGCUCACGUCAUCUCCUGGAAUUGUUCUCAAAUGGGGUUUCUUUCUGCCAAAUCUUCACUAAUGCUUUUUGGGGGGGAAGUGUGCAGGGAACUCUUUCAGAAUAGGUUGCACUUGUGGUGAACUGUGUGCAGUUAAAUAAAGACUUGAGAUUCAACUGUGAUGAUGGUUUACUCGACAAGCCUUGAGCAAUGUUCUGCCGACACUGAUUCAGACUUUUGACAUCUGUAAGUUUAAAAUGCUAUGCUUCAUUUUGUUUCUCCUCGCAGGUCUCCUGAUCACCCUGCCACCAUGUGUAAGAUCUAACAUCACCACUCUGUAAUAAGUUAUUGUCUGAUUGCUUUUCAUAGGUGGUGAAAAUAAACUGUUAUACCAAAA